GAACACCGUCGUAAAGUCGUAAUAUAACGCGGUUGUGACCCAAGUUUUUGGAAGUAAAUAAAUAUUUUUUUCUCGCAUAAAGAUCGUAUUUUUCAAUCGUUUUAUUGUAUCAACUUACGUCAUAAUGUUCAUCAAACCUUUCAAAGUGAAAUCUAAUAAUCAAUUAAAAGGAACUGAAAGAAAAAAAUUAUGCGAGGAAAUCUUAGCGGCGUUUCCAUGUUUAAGCGACGAUCAGGUGCAAAACCUUUUUCCCAAAAAAGAAGCGAUAAGUUCCAUGAAAAUAAUAACCCAUAAUGGACAACGCGGCAAACUAUACUGCGUUGCCAAAACACCAAUGUUUUUCGAGCUUGAACAAGUCUCUACCGAGUACUUUCCUACCAUCUUUACUCUCUGGCAACAUCCAAACUUAUUGUCCAACUUUACUACCGUGGAACCUGUUGUUCCAAAAUUGUCCGGAGGCGCUCAUUUGAUGCUUCCUGGUGUUGUCAUUGAUGGACCAAGGACUCUAUGGUCAUAUGGAAAAUUACCCAAAGGCACACGUGUCUAUAUUGAUACUGAAGAAAACAAGGCAGCUGUGGCAGUUGGAGUAACGGCUCUGUCUUCAGAGGAUAUGUACAUGUCUGCUGGUCAUGGGAAAUGUGUCGACGUAAUCCAUGUGAUAGGAGAUCAACUGUGUCAGUUGGGUACACAUUUGACAAGACCAGAUCUUGGGCCAUCGAGAGUAGCAACGAACAGUGUAAACCUGGAAUCUUCUGAAGAAAAUUCUCAGUGUACCGAAACGAUAGUAGAAAAUAUUGAAAAAAAUGAUCCAGAAGAAGAAAACGAAGGGGAAAAAACAGAAGUUUCGUUGGAAAUUGAAUCUUCGAACGGUGCGGCAGAAGAGCCAUCACAACCACAACAAGAAACUGAUCCUGUCAAAGAGAUGGACAGUUUGCUCGAAUAUUGUUUCCUCAAAGCUUGUAAAUCCAUUAAAAAAACUGAUUUACCAAUGUUGAGCUCAACAUUUUUCAAAAAUCACCUCAUCGCCGCCUGUCCCGAAGGACAAAGUGUCGACAUAAAAAAAUCGAGUUACAAAAAAUUGUCAACAUUCUUGUCGUCCAUGAAGAGUAAAGGUGUUAUCAAUACCGAAAUAACGAAACACGUCGAGAGUAUUUUGGCCAUCAAAUCGGAACAUUCGCUCUUACGGGAUCUCGUCGUCUUAGAGGAAACUCCGGUCGUCCAACCGGCAGCAAGUAACGUGCCCGUUGUCCUCGAAUGUUAUAAAGUCACAGCUGAUGUUCUUCCGAUUCUCUCCAAAUUUGGUUACGAAAAAGGAGACAUUAUGAAGCGGUUGGAAAUUAGGAAAUGUUUUACGGAUUAUGUGAAAAAGGAAAAUCUUCAGGAUGGAAAGAUAUUAAAGCUCGAUCCAACGAUCGCGGGCAUACUGCGAACAAAAGAGAAUCAAAUUACGCUGACAAUGGAGGACGGAAUAAACAAGUUUAUUGGGCGUAUGACUCACGUUCAUGAGAUAACAUUUGCUGGUACGAGAAUACUGCACACGGGCAAAUUGGACCCCAUUGAUAUAACUGUGACGACACGAGCCAGCAAUAAAAAAGUCACGUUGAUCAAUAAUUUAGAAGCAUUCGGAAUAAAACUCGAAGCAUUUAGCAAAGAAUGCCAGGGCAUUGGUGCGAGUGCGACGAUAAUUGACGUACCUGGAAAAAAAACCCCAAGCGUAUUGGUACAAGGCAAUCAAGUUAUUUACGUCUACAAACUUCUGACAGAAAAAUAUAAAAUCAACAAGAACUACAUAAAGGGCCUGGAGUUCGCACCUAAGAAGAGAAAAUAGAAUUACUAGAGAAACAGCUAUUUGUACAUUCAUUUCGAAACCCUUUAUGUAGCUUUUUCCAAGGUUUUAUUGACGCCCAGGAGAAUUUUCGAAAAUAAAGAUUCGAUCUCUAAA